GACCUUGUGUCAAUUCUCUGCGUCUCUUCUCCCCUCUGGACUACAGAGCCCUCACCUCUGUCUGUCUGACUUUCUAUCGAGUCAAUACAUAAGGCACAAUGCGGCCGCAAUUGCUCCGUGCGGCCGCGCGCUCAAGACAAUUCGUCAAUGCCAGAUCUUGCCGGUCCUUUGCUACCACCACGCGGCGUAGUGCUGAGGUCGAAUUGACUAUUGAUGGCAAGAAGGUUUCGAUCGAAGCUGGCUCUGCUUUGAUUCAAGCUUGUGAAAAGGCUGGUGUGACUAUUCCAAGGAAAUUAUUGAUUGCAGGAAACUGUCGUAUGUGUUUGGUAGAGGUGGAAAAGGCUCCUAAACCUGUUGCAUCAUGCGCGUGGCCUGUUCAGCCCGGUAUGGUUGUGAAGACCAACUCCCCACUAGUACACAAGGCCCGAGAGGGUGUUAUGGAAUUCUUGCUUGCAAACCAUCCCCUUGAUUGCCCCAUCUGUGACCAGGGAGGUGAGUGUGAUCUCCAGGAUCAGUCGAUGCGUUAUGGUGCCGACCGCGGUCGAUUCCACGAAACCGGCGGAAAACGCGCGGUCGAAGACAAGAACAUUGGCCCUCUCAUUAAAACCUCGAUGAACCGAUGCAUCCACUGUACCCGUUGUGUCCGUUUUAUGAACGAUAUUGCUGGAGCUCCCGAACUCGGUACUACUGGACGAGGAAAUGAUAUGCAAAUUGGAACAUACUUGGAACAGAACAUUAGCUCCGAACUUUCAGCCAACGUAAUCGACCUAUGCCCCGUCGGUGCCCUUACCUCAAAGCCCUACGCCUUCCGAGCCCGUCCAUGGGAAUUGAAGCACACCGAGACCAUUGACGUGUUGGAUGCUCUCGGCUCCAACGUUCGUGUUGAUUCUCGCGGAAUGGAAGUUAUGCGAGUUAUACCUAGACUCAACGACAACGUGAACGAAGAAUGGAUUAAUGAUAAGACUCGAUUUGCCUGUGACGGAUUGAAGACACAGCGAUUGACCACUCCCCUCAUUCGCCGCGAAGGAAAAUUCGUUCCAGCAACUUGGGAACAGGCUUUGACAGAAAUUGCUUCUGCGCAUGCUAGAUUGAGCCCCAAGGAGAAUGAGUUCAAGGCUGUGGCUGGUCACCUAAUCGAGACCGAGUCUCUUGUCGCCAUGAAGGACUUGGCUAACAAGCUUGGUUCGGAUAACCUGGCCCUCGAUCAGCCUAACGGCAGUUCACCAAUUGCUCACGGUAUUGAUGUCCGAUCAAAUUAUCUGUUCAACUCCAAGAUCUUUGGUGUUGAAGAGGCAGAUGCAAUUCUCCUCGUCGGCACAAACCCUCGCCAUGAGGCCGCAGUCUUAAAUGCUCGUAUCAGAAAACAAUGGCUGCGCUCUGACCUUGAAGUCGGUCUGGUUGGAGAGUCGUUUGACAGCACCUUUGGCUUUGAACACUUGGGAGCUGAUGUCAACAGUCUUCAGUCGGCUCUUUCCGGAGUGUUUGGCAAGAAGCUUGCCUCUGCUAAGCGGCCCAUGAUCAUUGUUGGAAGUGCCAUUGCCGAACACCCCGAUGCCAAGUCCGUGUUUGAGACUAUCGGUCAAUUCGUUGAGAAGCAUGCCUCCACAUUCAGAACCGAUGAAUGGCAAGGUUACAAUGUUCUUCAGAGAGCCGCAUCCCGUGCGGGAGCCUACGAAGUCGGUUUCACAGCUCCUUCCCCGGAAGUCGCAAACACCACGCCAAAGAUGGUCUGGCUUCUUGGUGCGGAUGAGAUCAAUGCUAGCGAUAUUCCCAAGGACGCCUUUGUCGUGUACCAAGGUCAUCACGGAGACCGUGGCGCACAAUUAGCGGAUGUUGUUCUUCCAGGUGCAGCAUACACUGAGAAGUCUGGAACUUAUGUUAAUACCGAGGGUCGUGUCCAAGUCACACGUGCUGCCACAUCUCUACCAGGCGCUGCCCGUGACGACUGGAAGAUCAUUCGCGCAGUCAGCGAGUUCCUAGGCUCACCUCUGCCAUAUGAUGAUAUUGAGGCUCUCCGUGACCGCAUGGAAGAAAUCAGCCCUGCCCUUCGCCGAUAUGACUUGAUCGAGUCCACUUCAGUACCAUCCCUUUCCAAGGUUCAAUUGGUCGACCAAAAUAAGGGCUCCAAGCCAACCGGUGCCCAGUUCAAGAAGGUUAUUGAGGACUUUUACUUCACAGACGUUAUCUCUCGAAGCUCUCCUACGAUGGCUCGUUGCUCAGCUGCCAAAGCCACUGGCAACCCUGAAACAAAUUUCAUGGCUGCUGGAGAAAUGUCACCACAAGCCCUCUACGGCAACGCGGCAUAAAAGAGAUUUUGUCUAGCUGUAUCAUCGUACCAAUCAAUGUCGGCGUUUCAUUUCCUUUGUGCUGCUUGCAUGCUUGCUUCCUAGCUUGAAUUGAGUGUAUGUGUCAACAGUAUUUUAAGUUUUCCCAUUUUUGUUUUUCUUUUUCUGCCUUCUUACCACUCUCUGUUCAGAGGAUCUAUAUCUGUGUACUUGAUUCUCAAUUCUGCAUGAAAAAUAGCAGCUAGAAGGUGUUUUUGUACAUAAAGGGAACGUUCGCAAAAUGCAAGCUAACUGCAAGCUUA